AUGACGGACCUCAAUAGAUUCAAGCUCGAUAAUUUGUUCUCAGUCGCUGGACAGACUGUAAUGAUCACAGGCGGGGGAAGUGGUAUCGGUAGAAGUCUUACCACCGACUUCGCUGUGAAUGGUCGAGGAGAAACUGGGCACUCUUAUAAAUUGUGCUGGUAUAUCAAUUCUAUUCAAAACCCCCGCACAUCAAGUCUCAGAUCCCGAGACUGUCUACCCGACGUUAUCAUCCGUGGAAGACGAGGACUGGAUCAAGUCUCAUCAAGUGAAUGUCAAUGGACCAUACUACAUGUCUGUCUCGGCGAUCCCAUUACUUCGAAAAUGGCAGAACCCCAAUGUGGUCAUGAUCUCGUCUGUUGCUGGGCUGGCGCCUCAAAGGUAGGAAAUAAUACUUUCACUUAUGGUGUAUCCAAGGCCGGCACGAUCCACCUUUCUUCCAUGUUAGCAGGUCGAUUACAUCCACUCAAGAUCCGAGUGAACUGUAUAUGCCCUGCUCAUGUAGACAAAUAUGCUGCUGUGGAUCCACGAUCAACCCCUCCUACCCCACUUCCACUCAUAGUGAGGAUGAUACACUGCGCCGUCGCGGCGCAAUCCCGGGAUGUGCCAGAAUAUAUACGGAAAAGUCUCACUUCAUCUCUUCACAGUUUGAUGACGGGCCCUGAAAUGCAGAAAUUGGCAAACACAAGGUGCCUAGGAAGUAUACAGGUUUUACUCCUGCUAACCAUGUGCGAAGAUCUGAAUAGCCCAGAUGCAGGGGAUGCAAGUGAAAAUGUAUGGCAGAAUGUCGGUACCGCUGCUAGGAUGGGGACUGCUCUGGCCUUACAUCGGAAUAUAGCCACGAGCCAUUACCCUACUUCCAGCUGA